UAUGUUAGCUUACGAAAACAAAACAAUCUCAUUUACUUAUGUACAAUACGCAUUUAUAAUUUGUAUUAUUAAUUUACAUCAAGUGCCAUAAACUAGGUAAAUUUUUAUUUAUUUUUUAAAUUAGCAAUGCCAAUAUUACAGGUGUACACUACGCUGGCCAGGAGUCAAAUACCAACUAAAUUUGCGGCAAAUACGGCUCAACUACUCUGUAAACUGCUCAACAAACCUACGAAAGGCAUGACUAUUUGCGUGAACUCCGACCAAAUUAUAUACCAUGGGCUGAACCCGGAUAGUCGCGCGCCGGCAUCCCUGUCCACACUGCGAAAUAUUGGCAAAAUGUCGGCGGAUGUCAAUCGGACGGCCACUCAGGCGUUGAGCAAACAUUUCGAGACAGAGUUGGGUAUAAAGUCGACGGACUCUAAGUUUGUGUUCAUUGAGAUCACCGGCUCUGAGCUCGGACUCCAGGGUCAGUUGAUAUCUGACUUCCCGUGACUUAAAUUAAAAUUAGAUUAAGAUGUCCU